CUAGACUCGACUCGACUCGCGGCUGUAUCGGCUUGCGGCCGGGCCCAUUAGCGUGACGCGAUGCACCGUCUACAUAAAUACCCGCCGACGCUGCGGCCGGUACCACCGGUUGCCACUUUGCGGCGGAACGCGAGCGAGCGAGCGAAGAGACGAGCGAGCGAGCAAGCAACGCACGAGCGCCGGGCGCAAGCGCUCUGACGUAACGUUAUAUCACUCUCGAGGCUUUAUACAUACUCUAUCGAGAGGAGGUCUGCCCCCUACCCCAAGCGCGGCUCCAUGUGGCGCCUGAGCAGCGUCGGUGGGGGUAGAGCUCUCCUCUUCCGCGAGACACCCUCGGCGGCGACGAUGUCAAACUCAGUCGCGAGCCGAAUAUCGUGUCGUUUGUGCGUGUGUCGUGUCGUGGUCGUGUCGUGCCGUGCCGUGCCGUGUCGCGUCAUCGCGCGUCUCCCCGUCGUUGUAUCGCGCGCGCGAUACGAUAAGACAAAGGGCCGCGUUAUCUCGCACGCGUCUCUCGUCGAGAGAGAGAUAGAGCGCACGUCAGGAAUGCACACAGCGAUCGCGGAUAGCGGUCCGCAUGACAUGAGGGAGAAGCGUGCGGCGCGUCCGGCGCGCACAGAGAGAUCAUAACCCGGAUGCAAUCCCGAUUGUGCUGAUGCAUCCCGGCGCUCCGAGAAUCGCCAGCGAUCGCGUUGUCCUAACAUCGGUGUCUCCAUUGAUGUGUUAGGACUGUAAAGAGGAUUCGGAAGUGACGGAAUUAGCGGACAUUAACGGACAUUCGACCAUCGAUGGCGGCCGCGAGUUUUCCUCCAAACUUCUCGAACGUUGGUGUAUUAGAGACUUGCGCCGGCAUGGAAGCGACAAACGGCGCGAUCGAGCACGACUUCCACAACACGUUAGUGCCGAUAAAUGGUAGCCAUUCGGGCAGCUCUGGCAGGAGUACGCCGAACGGCAGCGACCCAGCGCCGGGCAAGCUCUUCGUGGGCGGCCUUUCCUGGCAGACGAGCAGCGACAAGCUGCGGGAGUAUUUUGGCAUGUUCGGCACCGUCACCGAUGUCCUUAUCAUGAAGGAUCCGAUGACGCAGCGUAGCCGCGGUUUCGGCUUCAUCACGUUCGCCGAGCCCGGUAGCGUUGACAAAGUCCUCAAGUGUCCCAUCCACACCCUGGAUGGCAAGAAGAUCGAUCCGAAGCACGCGACGCCGAAGAAUCGCGCGAAACAGGCCAAUCGCACUAAGAAGAUCUUCGUGGGUGGUGUCAGUCAGGACACCAGCAGCGACGAGGUCAAGUCCUACUUCAAUCAAUUUGGGAAGGUGGAGGAGACGGUGAUGCUGAUGGAUCAACAAACGAAACGUCAUCGCGGCUUCGGCUUUGUCACCUUCGAGAACGAGGACGUGGUGGACCGCGUGUGCGAGAUACACUUCCACACGAUCAAGAACAAGAAGGUCGAAUGCAAGAAGGCGCAGCCGAAAGAGGCGGUGCAGCCGGGCGCGCUCGCUCUCGGUAAACGGGUAGUGCUCGGCGCUCUAGGCGUGCGGCUCGCGCCGCAGCCGCCGCUGCCGGUCGCGGCGGCGGCCUCGCAGUUGGUUGCCGCGCAGGCACAAGCGGCGCAGGUGCAGGCGGCCGCGGCCGCGGCGGCGGCCGCGCAGCAAGGCUACUCGCUCACCAAUGUCGACAUGUCGAGCUUCCAGGGCGUCGAUUGGGGAUCUAUGUAUGGGAUGGGAAUGUACGUUUAAGAAUGAGAUACAUAUAUGAUACCGCACGCUCCCGCUCUCUGAUCUCUUGGAUCCGAUGGGUCCUCUUUGGGGAAGAGGUCAUCUUCCCCGUGUACGAUACGAUAGAAUAUUCCUUCUCCGAGGUUGGUCGUGGCGCGAACCCGCCUUUCGACUCCUGUUCGGGGAUUUAGUGUCUCGGGAAACGGCCCACCGCUUGCGCUAAAACUACGAAAUGAUAAUACUCAACCAAGAGAUGACUUCCGUUGACGCUUCUGAUCGCCGUUUUAUCCGUCGUUCUCUUAUCUCGCCGAGAAAUGAAGGAGAAGUGGAUUUUUCGAUACUUUUAUCAUGGAAUGGCAUCGCGGCAAGCGGAUAGAGCGAAUGGGAUCCAGUGAAGAAGGCUGAAAUUUCAAUCAAUUCGCGCUCAAGCGAGGAAUGAGUAAGGACGAGAGCAAAGAUUAUCAGGAAAACGAACCAUCUCCAACGUACGGAAAGUCAGCGAAUAGAUGAGCACAUACGAAGAAAGAGGAUUGGAAUUAUCCGCGUAAUCAUAUAUGGUGUUUCCUUGAAAGUGGAAAUCAUAUUUGGACCAACAUAUUUUGCGUUCAAUUUUCAUAAUGCAUUACUUAAUUUAUUUGUGAGCCAGCGAAACUAGUUAGGUGUUACACAUUACACAUAUGUAUGUUAGUUAUUUCGAAUCCCUCGUCUUUCGCGCGACUCGUAUUAUUUUUCACGAUCGCAAGUCACUGCUUUUCAACACACACACACACACACACACACACACACACACCACACACACACACACACACACACACACACACACACACACACACACACACACACACACACACACACUUUGGUUCCUAUUUAGAUUAGCGCGUACGUAUUAGAGUCAAAAGCGCGUGCGGAGCCGCGCGUUUCACCCACGUCGCACCGCGCCCAUUACGUUAAUCAUCGAUUAAUUAACGCGAUCCAUUAGCGGUACUCAUUUUACGGCGUUCGCGGCAGCCUCGGGUCUCCCGAAUGUUCCCAACGGUUGUUCGACCACGAAGCAAUAAAAGGAAGAAAACCGAGAAACAGUGGACGCCUCACUCGGUCAGGGAAGAACACUAAAUAAAUCGCUUCCCUCCUUAUUUUUGUUCUCGCAUCUUCUUGCGCGUCCCUCUUUAUUUUCCCACGGUAUCGCGAUCUUUCAUUUACAUACACGUGUAUACCCCGUCAACCCCGAUCGCGUUAUCUUCGCCGGAGUUCAGCGGAAGCACGCAAUGCGUCGGACAAGGCACUCUCGCCGCAAUGUCGCGGAUGAUAAAGCGCGACGAUUUUCCGCAUCUGAUUGCUGGCAUUUUUCAACGAAAACCAGUCGCGUUCAGACUCUUGCCGUUAGCGCGACUCAAAUUGCGAGGGGUUAGUACUAGAGAAAAAAAACCACGAGUCGCAUUCGCAAUGCCAAGUGCCAAACGAACAAGUCGAAGGGAGACCCAUCCACUUGAGGCGGCCAAGUGCGUAACUCGCGUUCCCGAGCAACAAGCCCUGCGAGCUCUCUUUCUCUGCCGAUUCUCGUCUUUUUCCGGGAUCCGAGCGGCAAUGACGACGAGGACGACGACGACGACGACGACGACAACUUGACAACUCGACAGGACGGACUCUUUUUCAGUCUCUCUCUUCGUCGCUAUUGGGUGCUUCCGCUCCUCGCUGUCGGCGGAGUCUCACGUCUUUUCGCCUUUCCAGAGGCAACAGGUCAAUAUACACAAUCUACUUUGCGCGAGCGGGCAGACCUUCCCGACGUUACAUACGUACGACACACACGAGCAGUAAAAACAUACGAGGGACACGUAUAUAACUAUAUAUAAUGUAUAGGUAUACAUAUACAAUACACACGUAUAUACACAUACAUAUAUAUAUAUACAUAUAUAUAUUUUUCUUCAAAUAAUGGAAGACAAUAUUUCUCCGCUCUCCAUCGCGUUAAAUAAGGAUAAGGAUAAGACUAUAGCGGUAUCGCGAGUAUAAUUCGAGUGAUUCAAAUCGCGUUAACGUUUAAGCAAGACUUUUAGUGACUUGCGAGUAUAAUCCGCGCACGAUAAGACGCGCGUAUAGCCGUUAAGACAGUAUCACACCCGCGACAUCACAAUGCCGCACGCGAUCGGCGUAAACUUAAUGAGCUCCUAAGAGAGUAAGAGAUGGCGAGUCGAGUUCUACUUAAGUAGGCUUAAGCGGGUAGUAUUAUUGAUAGCGGAUAUAGAUAUUUAGAGAGAGAGAGAGAGAGAGAGAGAGAGAGAGAGAGAGAGAGAGAGAGAGAGAGAGAAGAGCGAGUGUAAGAAUAAGGAAAGUGCGGGGGCCCCCUCCCUCGGAUGGGGUGGCUUCAGCGUGCGCGUGCGCGCGAAAGAGAGAGAAAGUGAGAGACAGAUACUUAAGAGAUAUUAUUACGCAUCUUUAUAAAAUAUACUUAAGAGUUCGUGCGACUGCGUUUUGCGAGAGACGGGAACUCGAGAUUGAGAUUAGCUCACGUAACUCAAGCGAUAAUUUAGAUUUAAGACUUGAAGACCGCGUAAGUAAGGAAUUUGUGAGAAGUAUUAUAGAAGGAUAUUCGUUAAGGAAUUUGCGGAGAGGAAGGGAUAUUUAAUUUAUAUAUGUUUGUUCUCUUGUAAAACACGCUCCGAGAUCGACUCGACGGCGGCGGGCAUACGAUUGGUUACUUUCGUGAGGAUACCCGUUUGUGUCUUGCCGGAUUCGCGUGUGAAAGGAAAAGACGAGAAUACGCUGAGAGCCGCGUGUCCUUCGAAAAUAUCCUUUCGAAUCGAUACUUAUAAUUGCCAUUCUUUUCUUUGUUCCAUUAUUAAAUUAUUUGCCAAAGCACUAACGUUGCAAAUUGUCGUUUCGCAUUUUAGUCUGUAAGUUUUGAAUCGUUCGACGCGACCGUAUGACAUAACCGCGCGAUAUUCACUUAAUUUAUUUUUGUUUACUCUCUAUCGUCUUGCCUUUUGUUUUGUAUUAUUAGUAGUAAUUAUUCGUUGUAAGUGUUAAGUGCAUGCGUCAAUUUGUCGCCCAAAUGAUCUCACGUCGAGCGAUGCCGACGAACCCUGAAUAUCCGCGCGAAUUUCGACGGUGUCUCUUUUUGAUCGGAGGUGAUCGGCAGUAGUGAUGCCAGAAGUUAAACGCGGCCCCGCUGGACGCGGGAUGGAGGGGAUACUUGACAAAGAAGAGCCUGGGUCUGUACGCUUUCAGCGCCAAUCAGCGUCGCGCUAAACGUCCCCCGAAUCUCGUGUCCGACGGGGCCGCGUCUCGUUUCUGGCAUCGCUGAUCGGAGGCGGAUCGCCGUCGGCGAGGGCGAACGCGGGGCGUUCUUGAUGAGGAAUAUCACGUGAGGGAUAUGAGGAAUUUCGAGCAAUAAGCGAUUGACUCAAACUUUAAACUGCGCUAGAUUAUUACGAGUAUUACAAUAACGAUAAUACAAAACGGCGCUUGUUUGCGCGCGCGUGUAAUCGAUAUAGAGGGAUAAUCCUUAGGUAUUUACACAAACGAAUACUCGAUGCGAAAGGAUUUGGAUAACAAUAAACGUUCGGAGCAAACGAUAGAGCAUCUUAGGAGAGCGAGGGAAGGAACGAGCGGAUGUGAGAGUUCAGAAGGACCCGUUCCUUCCGAUCACACAAGUAAUAUUCUCUAGUGAUACUUUACUAUACAUAUAAAUAUAUGAGAAAAAAAAUAUAAUUAUAUACACACAUCGUGACGCGUUAAGGAUAACAAAACUCGCGAGUGAUAUUUAUGACAUAUUAAGGGGAUAUUAUAAAAGUAAGAGCGAACGUAGAAGAGAGAAGUGUGAGAGAACGAGCGAGCGAGUGUCAUGUUAAAUGCACGUUAGGGUGAAACGGACGAAACGAAACGUGACGAAUGGUGACAAGGAAGGUGACGGAUGAGCGCGAGAUGCGACGCGACGGAGUGAGCGAGGAUCAGCUGAGAGGCGUACGUCUCGUUCCAGUUCCCAUUCUUAGCGACUCCGCGUGCUCGUGCGCGAUUAAGGGGAUGCUGGUGUGAUUCUGCACUUUCGC